CUCGGAAGUUGUUCUUGGCAGACCGGAGAGUGAAAACAGUGGGUAAGAAAGGUCCCAUGUUGCAGUAAUGGAGCCGGACCUGUCAGACCGUUACGACAAUGCACUGCUGGGUAUCCUGCAACACGUGGGAAACAUCCAGGACUUUCUAAAUGUCUACUUUGGCUUUUUGUAUCGCAAGACAGACUUUUAUCGGCUGCUUUUGAGCCCCCAGGAUCGCAUGGGAUUCCCCCCAGGUACUGCACAGAACAUGGUGCUGCAGGCAUUCAAAACUUACGAGCGAGUGGCCGUUCAAGACCACGAGAAGAAACUGCAGGUUCUGCAAGAGAAGUUGAAAAAGAAGGAGGAAGGGUUGUCAGAGAGUGGCUCUGCUCCAGCAGCGGUGGAAGAAGUUGUCGUAGAAGAACCAGCAGAAGCGAUUCCAGUGAAGCCGGAGGAGCCUAAUGAACCCGAUUCACAAGAGAAAGCUGAGGCCAGUGGAAAUGAUGCAGAGGACUCCGCUGCUAAACAACAGGACAAAGAGUGUUUCCAGGUGGACUCGGACAGCUACAAUGGCGCCGUGAGGAAAAAUUACGCAUGGUCGCAGGAUUACUCUGACGUGGAAAUUAAAGUUCCAGUGCCUAAAGAUGUGGUGAAAGGCAGACAGGUGUCGGUGGACCUGCGCAGCACAUGUAUCCGAGUGGCAGUGAGAGACAGUCAAGGCGAGCGUGUCCUGAUGGAAGGAAACUUCACUCACAAAAUAAAUGCAGAGACCUCCCUGUGGAGCCUGGAACCUGGGAAAUGUAUCUCGAUUAGUCUGAGUAAAUGUGGGGAAUACUGGUGGAAUGCAAUCUUAGAAGGUGAGGAAAAAAUCGACAUCGACAAGAUCAACAAGGAGCGGAGCAUGGCCGCAGUGGAUGACGAAGAACACGCCGUGCUGGACAGGCUCACGUUUGACUACCACCAAAAACUGCAAGGGAAGCCACAGAGUCAUGAGCUGAAAGUUCAUGACAUGCUGAAAAAAGGAUGGGAUGCAGAUGGUUCACCAUUCAAGGGGCAGAAUUUUGACCCGUCCAUGUUCAACAUCUCCCCGGGUGCUGUCCAGUUCUGACACCAGCAAAUAUUCAUCUGUCCCUCCUGGGGUCAAAGUUUACACGGUCACACCUGGGUGACCAGAGGGUCCUUAUAUCAUUACAGUUCACAUCCACGUAUGACAAUGUAUUUAAAUGCUUAUUUAAAACUGGUUUGUAAUUAUUUUUGAACUGGUAUUUGCCAGAGACUGGAGUUUCCCUGGAACAUUUCUUCCUCUGUUCAUUUUUAUUCUGUGAUCAAAAUGGUGCAAAUCUUCUUCUCAUGUUUCCUCUGGUGAACAUAUUAGGACCUUGUACGUUACAGCUGGAAGCCAAGAUCACCAAGUCAAGAAUAUGAGGAAUAGAGUCACAUGCAAAAAUCCAGUAAGGCUACUUCUCCAUUGUGUUUGCAGUGUCCAUUUGCUUUAUGCUUUGGGAAAACAUUAUUUCAAGUGUAUUGAUCGGCCCUUAGUCACUCGAUAGAGGCCAAAAGUGUCUCCUUUGGUCUAGUAUACGACCAUAACGUGUUUUUUUGUUUUUUUUACUGUGUGUAAUAGCACAGUCCUGCUGGGUUAUUCUAUACAGAAGCGUCCUCUAAAAACGUUUUUUUUUUUUUUUUUUUUUUAUUAACAUGGAAGCCUUUGGCUGACAGAUGCCACUGUAUGCCUCGCCUCGGAGGUGUGCAUUGGGAAAGCAUCCUGAUGUAUACCUUGACUGUACAUACACAGCAAGUAAACUUCCUGCUUGUGCCUAAUGCAGAAAUUAUGUACAUGUAAGUGCCCUGUGUGAGCGUGUCCUCGUGUCUGGGUGACAGAUUUUAUAAAGAAAAAAAGCAGCAGAUCUCUAUAAGUAUGCCAGGUGCAAGGAACAGUGAAAUAAGAACGGCGAAAUGAGGGCAGCAGUCCGGUCUUCAAGUGAAAAAAAGGUGGAUUUUAUUACACCUUUUUUUCUCUUGAAGACCGGGUGCUGCCCUAAUUUCGCCAUAUAUAUAAAUCUAUAGUGGAGAGCCCUUAAUCGAUAGCAUAACAUAGGAUUCUCCUAGAAAGAGGACAGAUGAUAACGCAAGUAACGCAGUUGUGCCAUGGGAAAUCAGCGUUUAGCUUAGGCCAAAGCAAGCCAGCAUGCUUUUCCUACAGAGGAACAGCCUGCUGGAGGUCUCCGGAUGGUGCCACGUGCCUGCCAGACCCCAUAGACUUUAACAGGAUCCGGCAGGAAUCUGGCUUCUCCCCGGCAUAAAUGCAGAGAUUCAGAUGGACAAAAAUCGCUGCACGCAAUAGUUUUUGUCUGGCCUAAUCCCGGCAUUUAUGCUGGGGAGCGGCCGGUUCCCUUUAUAGUCAAGGGGCUCAGGUGGAGAACAUCCAGAUCUGGAGAACUCCUGCAGGCUGUUCCUCUGCCACAACAGCCCUGGCUGAUUGCUUUAGUGCGAGUGUAAAUAUGGGAAAUAAAUGUGUUUUCUUUUUCCUCUAUUUAGAACAGUGUAUUAAUAGAUUUUAAAGGGGUUUUCCCAUCUGAGACAAUGAGGACAUCUCACUAGGAAAUGUUCCCAUUGUCUGAUAGGUGCGGGUCCCACCUCCGGGACCCCCACCUACACCGAGAACGGAGCCCCAAAAGUUGCAUGCGCAGCCGCCCUCCUUUUUUUUUUAUGGAGCCGCCGAAAAUAGCCGAGCACUGGCUCGGCUAUUUCUGUCAGCCCCAUAGAAAUUAAUGGGAGUGGUGGCAAGGGUGCGCUACCAUUCACUACUAUGGGGAGAGCGCUUGGUGGUGGCUGGACUCGGGAAACCUCAGGUCCUCUGGCCACCACCUUCCCCUCGGUCCCACACCUAUCAGACGAUGGGGGCAUAUCCUAGUGAUAUGCCCCCAUUGUCUCAGAUAGGAAUACCCCUUUAAUUGAUUGUUAGGCCAUAUUCACAUCCCCGUUUGGUGAUCCAGCAGAUGUUCUGGCACAGAGCAGCCUGAUGGAUCAUAUGCUUCACUGCUGGAUCCCUAGUGACUGCAAUGGGGUCCAAUGUUGAUCCAGUCGAUUUCCGACAUAAAUGUUGCAGCAUUUGCGCAGGAUCAGGCUGCCAGAUCCCUGAAACAGAGAUGUGAAUUUAGCCUUACUGCCAUGAGUCUCCACUCGUACUAUCUGUAGGUUUCUCUUAUACAUAUCUCAUUAAAGGUUGAUGAACAAACAUAGGAGAGACUGAUGCAAGUGAAUUACAUAUGCACUUAACUGUUCCUGGGAGUAUGGGGAGGAGCGUCUGUUUUUGAGGACAUGAAACAUUGUACCAAACACACCGCCAUGAGUAAGGACACGUAAACUGUCUGAAACUCAUAGUUGUUUGGAUCUUUUUGCAACCACUUGUUAUGUUUGGAAUUUCUUGAAUAAAGCCCCAGUUUAUGGAUCCUGAGAUGCUGGACUGUUUUCUCCUUUAAACCACCUUGAAUAGAAAAGCAGAGACAAGGAUUAUAAGGAUUGUAGUAGAGCCAGUCAUGUUAAAAGUAUAGAAAAAGUGAUGUUACCUGUAACAACCCUUGGAUAACAUCCGGGCCUCAUGGCGUUUUGUGUGCUUCUGCAAUUCGUUUAGUUAACUCCAAAUCAAUGCAUAAAGUUUUUCCUUUAAAGGGGUUGGCCCACAAAAAAUAUUCUGCGGUUUUGAAACCAGCACUUGGUUCUGAAUACUUUUGUAAUUGCAUGUAAUAAAAAAUUUAGUAUAGCCACGAGUUACUCAAUAAAAUGUAUCUGUAUAGCGCCA